GAUUUGCAUGUAUGUGGUGGCACUUAUAUGUAAUCCAAUGAGUUUUGCCUCUAAAUAUGACUGUUUAUAUGAAAUGCAAAAGGAAAAUGUGCUUUGAACAUGCAGGUAAUGUUUUGCCGUUUUUUCUUUGAAUGGCUACAUCAUGCUUGUUACACAGUUUUUUUCUCCAGAAUAACUAUGUCAUUAACAUGAUAGGCUUUUAUGUAAGAAUGUGAAGGACCAAUCUGAUGGAUCAUAUCAAUGCAGGUUUGGUCAAAGAUGGGAAUGGAUGUAGAAUACCUCAAGCAAUGCGUGGGAAAAUGCUUGGCUGAGGGACUUGCUGAGGUGGCAGACCGCCAGCCGGCGGACCCAAUCAAUUUCCUGGCACAUUGGAUUUACAGCUACAAGAAAAGAAUAAAUGAAGAAGAAAAGAGGAAAAUUGAGAAGGCCCAGUUGGACUGUGAGCAUGAAGAAGCCCUUGCAGAAUUGGAGAGGACAGAGAAGCUGGAAGCAGAACAACUCCUGUUUGCCCAGACAUUUCAAGAGCAGCAGAAGAAGAGAACUACAGAAAAAGUUGUGGCCAUUCAAGAAGAAUCUGAAGCUCCUGUGUCAAAACAAGAGGUGUUAGAAGACAAGACGGGUCAAGGUGACUUAAAUAUUGUAAGGAACGAGUUGGACGAGAUGCCUAUAAGUACCAGCAUAACUCUUGGAAAAGACUUGACUGAGAUUAUGGUGGAUGAAGAUUUUGAUUGGAUUCCCAAGGGGAUGUUGAAUAACCAGUCCGAACAGUACGGGAUAACUGAGAAUGAAUAUGAUUUGCAAAUGGAAGAUGACACUUCACAUGAAGAAUUCGAACUCAGCCAAGAUCUGAAUUUAGAAUAGUACUGCAAUGCUACUCAGGUUUAUUUGGAAGUAGGACCUACGGAAUUCAACAGGGCUUUGUCCCAAGAAGUGGUAGCUAUGAAAAGAAGCUGAAAAGAAAAGCUUAUAAGUAGGAAUAGAUUUUUCCUUUUCUCUCAAUUGCAGCAUUGGAUAGAGAAAGCAUUUUCUUCUCAUCCAGGAUGAUGUCCACAGUUCCAGCAGUUUGUUGCUGUUAUGUGCUGUGAAGGCAUCUCCCAGUUUAUGAUGACCCUAAGAAAGAGUGCCCUCUAAAGUAAUCCAUCCUUGGGAGCUGUGCUCGGCAUUUUUCACCUCAAGGCUGUGGCUUCCGUUACGGAACGGAUCCACCUUAUAGUUGGGCUUCCACGUCUUCCUCUGAUGUUCCCCAGCAUGAUCUUCUUCUCCAGUGAUGAGCCUUCUCAUAAUGUGCCUGAACUAUGAUAGCUUCCAUUUCAUCUUGUUUUGCUUCCAGGUCCUUGAUUUGAU